GCGAUUGAACCGCGGCACCGCAGGCAGCUGCGCGAACGUCUUCAAUUCUACACGCGCGCCCCGGUCGUCUAGUCAAUGGAUUACACUGUUUCCCUGCAAGUGCAGCACCAGCUCACAGUGUUCCCGACGCAUUUUCACCAGGCCUACAAAUUAGAGCUACAGAUGAAGUCUGCAGAGGCGGAGGGGGGCCUUUUCACAGACAGCUACUGCAAAGUGUGCAGCGCCCAGCUCAUCUCCGAGUCGCAGAGAGUGGCCCACUACGAGAGCCGAAAGCAUGCAAACAAAGUGCGUCUGUACUACAUGCUCCACCCAGUGGAUGGAGGCUGCCCAGCCAAGAAACUACGGACCGACAACGGCAGUGAGGAGGGAGAUGUGGAUAAGAAUAAGUGCUGCACACUGUGUAACAUGUCCUUCACGUCGGCCAUAGUGGCACAGUCGCACUAUCAGGGCAAGAUCCAUGCCAAGAGACUCAAACUCCUGCUUGGAGAGCAGCCUGCCAUUACAGGCAAAGAGGCGGCACCCGGUCCGGUGAAGACGGCUGGUGAGGGCUCGCCAGCAGGCUCGCCACGCCUUCGCGGGGACUCGGACCGCUACUGCCAACUGUGCAAUGCUUGGUUCAACAACCCGGGCAUGGCCCGGCAGCACUACGACGGCAAGAAGCACAAGAAGAACGCGGCCCGCGCUGACCUGCUGGAGCAGCUCGGCAAGACGCUGGACGUGGGUGAGAUGAAAGGACUGAAGCGCAGCUACACGUGUGACGUGUGCAGUGUCACGCUCAACUCAGUGGCGCAAUACCACGCUCACCUGCAGGGCUCCAAGCACCAAAACAACUUAAAGAAUCAGUUAUGUGUCCAGUGAGGCCAAGGAGGAAAGAAAGAAGUUGAUUGAUGUCAAACAAGCUUUGAUUAGCUUGCCCUGUUUUCUCAGCCCCCAUCCCACCUUCCCACUUUCCUCUCCACCUCGUUGUUUCAGGAGACCAUUUUUUUUAACAAUCUUCACAUUCCCUGGAUUUGCAGGGGUUCUCAUCAUCUGCUGCUACUGCCCCUGUUCAGAAGUGUAAUUUUGUCAUGACUGAAUGUUUGAGUAGCUGCCCCAGGUCUCUGCUCUGUGGGACAGAAAUGGGGUACCACGGACAGCGCCACUUGCGCCCCCCCCCCCCCCCCUUUGCCCAGCUCUAUUGGUAGCUCCAUGGUAACCACACUUCAUCAUCUUGUCUUCUGAUGGUCUUCUGUCACCUCUUAGUGGUAUUUUUGUAGGUCGAUAAACUGAAUCUCACAUCAAGUUCAGGUGUUUUGCAUGACCAAAAAAAAAAAAAUCAUUCUUUAACCCAACUAAGCAAUAUCAAAAAUCUGUCAAAUUUUAUCACUGAUAAAAUUAUUUACUUGAAAAUUUAGUUAUUUGUGUAUUUCUGCAUAUUACUCAUGGGUUUAUUGGCAAAGGCAGUUAUCACUGGCUACUUUGAUUGGAUGUAAUGUGUGGGCAUAUUAACAGGGUUCUAAAAACACAGGACUGUGUAGUAUCUGACACACCUAUAAAACAAAGGCCUACAGCAAAUUUUGUUCCAUCACAUAUUGAACUUGUUGCCAGCAAACACGUUACGUUUGAGGUUCAGUCUAGUUUUAAGUAUCGCAAAGGUGUAUUCAUUUCAUUCCCAUCAGUGAUUGUUACAAACUUGAAACUGAUUUCCUUUCUGUGUGACUAUGAAGUUGAUAGGCAUUAAAAGUAACUAUAAAGUAAUAACAGUUAGAACACACUGUCAUUUUAUAAUGAGCAAACUAGAUUAUGCAUUAUUAGAAAAGAGUAUUUAUUUUUAUUCUAUCAUGAAAGAUGUGUCCAUGCAGCCGAACUUAUAUGUUAAACACCUUAAUAUUUGCCUUGGUGUUUACACCUUUGUUCUUUUUUAACUGACCUUCAUUUAAUGAGUAACAGAUAUACUGUAUCAUAUUGAGAGUUUGAAGAAGAUUCAUCUUCUCCGGGUUAAAAUAUAUGUGUUUUAAAUUCUGGUUACGCCUUUUUCAAACCCAUCAUGGAGCAGAUAUCACAUAUGAACUCCAGUCUUAGACCUAAGUGGAUUUUCCAUGAUGAACCUUCAUUGACAGUUUAAUAUUGAUCUUGACUAAGAGGAAGCUGUCUCGAAAACUCAGCAGCCAGAAGCUAAGUGUACAUAACGUUCGAUAUUAACUGAUUCUGCGCACGAACAAUUUGUCGGCAUAACUCUCGACUUGCAAGACUGCUUUGCUGCUUUUGAAGUUCAAGUAGUCCAGUCUUCUCUCUGUUGCACUUAAACUGUGCGCGUGCGCGCGCACAUUUGUGUGAGUUCCCUUUAAGAGAGCAGGCCACUUCUUCCUCUGAAAAUGCACCCUCCUUGUGCUAUGGUCCAUGUGAUCGACUGUAAAUAUGAAUAAAACAUACUUGCAACCGUC